GGUUUGGGAGUUUGAUCUCAGGCCUGCCAAGUUUGAACUUCACUCCACACUCCUUACUCUGUCCUUUCAGGAGGCCUCUCUGGGCACGAUGGGUGAUGGAUGGGCACGGGAAGGAGACUUGUUCUUCGAAGGUACAUAAGAUCAAUUCAGGAGCCCUCAGUUUCUCUCCGCUGAUGGCAGGGUGUAAUUUUACAGCAUCACAUUCAUAUGCAUGUGUGGGGCAUCAUACAUAAUUAGUUUGUUUACGAGACACCUUGCAGAGCCUCAGAACGCCCAGUUCUAUUAUAGCUCUUCAAGGGGAAACUCCAGUGAGGAGCAGGCACAAUGGAAGGCGCUUGGGCUGGGCCAUUCAUCCAUCAUCCGUGGCAGGCAUGAGAUCGCCAACAAAAUCCAACACGUUUUUAUGAAGCGCUGACAGAGUCAGCUACAUAUCCAACCGCUUCUACAGUUCUAGCGACAAAAUAAGCACUAGCUACUGCAUGGAACAACUGUGCUAGCCAGAAAGAUUUUUAUAAACCCAGAGAAGAGCGCCCAUCUUGACUUGCUAAGAGAAACAACUCCUCUUCCCUUGAUUAUAAAGAAGGAGGACAGAUGGCUUCUUGUUUAAGACUGUAAUUUUACUUUCAGCAUCCUCCCUCAGUUAAAAACAAGAUGUCCUUUUCUGGCUUUGAGGGAAAAUCUCAAGGGAGGGAUUUUUAUUCCUGGCUGUAUUGAAUAAUUCAACGAACAUCCCAGAGAGCACAGGGAGAUACAAAGAAGAAAAGACCUGCCCUUGUUCUCAGGGAGUUUUACAGUCUUACUGUGGAGUUUAUGAACAGUUUUAUUUCUUUGCUUCGAGCUAAUGACCCAAUGGUUACCAUUAGGGAACACUUCAUUCACCCAUCCCAUGCCCAUGGAAGAGCCUCAGGUCAAACUGCAGAAAAUUCAAGGACCUAAUGCAGUUCUUGCUGAGCGCUUAUUCACUGGCCUAUCAGCUGCUUCCCCACAUUAUUUAAUCUUAAGAACCCUUUGCAGCCAUCCCUGUCUGCUAUCAGGACUUCACAGAGGAACAUGAGGUUCGGAGGAAGGAGUCAUCUAUACUCACAGACCCAGGAAGCGAGCUCCAAGCGAGAAUGGAAGCCCUUGGAGGACCGUAGCUGCACAGACAUACCAUGGCUGCUGCUCUUUGUCCUCUUCUGCAUUGGGAUGGGAUUUAUUUGUGGCUUUUCAGUAGCAACAGGUGCAGCCGCCAGACUAGUGUCAGGAUACGACAGCUAUGGAAAUAUCUGUGGGCAGAGAAAUGCGAAGCUGGAAGCAAUACCAAACAGUGGCCUGGACCACACUCACCGGAAGUAUGUGUUCUUUUUGGAUCCAUGCAAUCUGGACUUGAUAAACAGGAAGAUCAAGUCUGUAGCGCUGUGCGUAGCAGCAUGUCCAAGACAAGAGUUGAAAACCCUGACUGACGUCCAGAAGUUCGCAGAGAUCAACGGCUCAGCACUGUGUAACUACAGCAUAAAGCCUUCUGAGUACACUCUGACUGCAAAAUCUGCUGGGCAUUGCCCCAAGCUCCCAGUCCCAGCCAGUGCACCUAUUCCAUUCUUCCAUCGCUGUGCUCCUGUGAACAUUUCCUGCUAUGCCAAGUUUGCAGAGGCCCUGAUCACCUUUGUCAGUGACAAUAGUGUCUUACACAGGCUGAUUAGUGGAGUAAUGACCAGCAAAGAAAUUAUAUUGGGACUUUGCUUGUUAUCACUAGUUCUAUCCAUGAUUUUGAUGGUGAUUAUCAGGUACAUAUCGAGAGUGCUCGUGUGGAUCUUAACAAUUCUGGUCAUCCUGGGCUCACUGGGUGGCACAGGUGUACUGUGGUGGCUAUAUGCAAAACAAAGAAGGUCCUCCAAAGAAACAGUUAUUCCUGAACAGCUUCAGAUAGCUGAAGACAAUCUGCGGGCCCUCCUCAUCUAUGCCAUUUCAGCCACAGUGUUCACUGUCAUUUUGUUCCUGAUAAUGCUGGUAAUGCGCAAGCGCGUGGCUCUCACCAUCGCCUUGUUCCACGUGGCUGGCAAGGUCUUCAUACACUUGCCGCUGCUCGUCUUCCAGCCCUUCUGGACCUUUUUUGCUCUUGUCUUAUUUUGGGCAUACUGGAUAAUGACACUUCUUUUCCUCGGCACUACCGGCAGUGCUGUUCAGAAUGAACAAGGCUUUGUGGAGUACAGGAUCUCUGGGCCUUUGCAGUACAUGUGGUGGUACCACGUGGUCGGCCUGAUUUGGAUCAGUGAGUUCAUUCUCGCGUGCCAGCAGAUGACCGUGGCAGGGGCCGUGGUGACGUACUAUUUCACUAGGGAUAAAAGGAAUUUGCCAUUCACACCUAUUCUGGCAUCAGUGAACCGCCUUAUUCGCUACCACCUUGGUACUGUGGCAAAAGGAUCCUUCAUCAUCACCCUGGUCAAAAUCCCGAGGAUGAUCCUCAUGUACAUACACAGCCAGCUCAAAGGAAAGGAAAAUGCUUGUGCACGAUGUAUGCUGAAGUCUUGCAUUUGUUGCCUUUGGUGUCUUGAAAAGUGCCUAAAUUACUUAAACCAGAAUGCAUACACAGCCACGGCUAUCAAUAGUACCAACUUCUGCACCUCAGCAAAGGAUGCCUUUGUCAUUUUGGUGGAGAAUGCUUUGCGAGUGGCUGCCAUCAACACAGUGGGGGACUUCAUGUUAUUCCUGGGCAAGGUGCUGAUAGUCUGCAGCACGGGCUUGGCUGGCAUUAUGCUGCUCAACUACCAGCAAGACUACACAGUAUGGGUGCUGCCUCUGAUCAUCGUCUGCCUCUUUGCUUUCCUAGUCGCCCAUUGCUUCCUGUCCAUUUACGAAAUGGUAGUGGAUGUAUUGUUCUUGUGUUUUGCCAUUGAUACAAAAUAUAAUGACGGGAGCCCUGGCCGGGAAUUCUAUAUGGAUAAAGUGCUGAUGGAAUUUGUGGAAAACAGUAGGAAGGCAAUGAAAGAAGCUGGUAAGGGAGGCGUCGCGGAUGCCAGAGAGCUAAAGCCCAUGGCUUCGGGAGCAAGUUCUGCUUGAACAUAGCCGGCGGUUAUGGACCCCAUUGACAUUCCAAAACAAUAUAUACACAUAACUAUGUAUUUGUGUGUGUGGGUGUGUGUAUAUAUGUAUAUGUAUGUGUGUAUAUAUAUGUAUAUGUAUAUACACACACACACAUAAUCAGCCAAAAUCAGAGAAAAGGAACAGGGAUUUAAUACCUUUUUUAUGCUUAUUUUUGUCAAACAUGUACUCCUUUCAUACGGGUGGCUUUUACAAGGCAACUUCCGUCGUUUAAUGUUUUCGAUUGUAAUUGUCUUAAUGGAAAUGUUAGAUUCAUAUCUGAUUAACAUUUUUAAUAACUAGAGGAAAUUUUAACUUUAGUUACUUGACCUAGGUAAAAAUUAUUGUACCAAAUUCUUGUGUAAGUUCUUGCAGGGGUGAUUGCCCUGGUGUACGUUAAAAUCAGAAUCUUAUUUCACUGAUGCAUAAGUCCUAGCGUGUCAGGCUAGGCGUGUGCGCUCAGUCUGUGUCCCCCAAUCCAACAAGCCAUGUCAUUUUACUUUCAGAAGCAUCCGAGUGGGCCCGUUUUGGGAAAUUUCAUAAUAGCUCAUGCAUUUUGUCAGCCAACAUUCAAAAGUAACCAACUCCUCAGGUAUUUGUAGUUUACCCUAACGCUUCUAUAGAAGAAAGUAGGAAAACAGAGAAAGAAAGGGGUAGAUAAUCUUUAUUAUGCAAACUUUUUUCUUGUAUUUCGUCUUUUUCCUUUCUGACAUUUUAGUAGCAUCCACCACACAUCUGUGGGCCUGAUUUUAAGGGAAGCUGGGGCACCCAGCAAGUUUAGCCUUUACGUUUCUGUGUAUUGAUUUUCAGCUUAGGUAGUUCUAGAAGGCAUGAAAGAGAGAGAAACACGGAGCAGGAAGCAUUGGGAAUCCCAGUGCUUUGCUUUUGUUUCAGGGGCAGGUCAGGAGCUUAGGGUUAAACGGCCAUCUGUUCAAAUGCUCGCUAUAAAAUCUGAACACACUGGCAGGUGCUCCACUCCUUGGUCAUCCGUUGAGUAUCCAGAGUUCUACAACGUGUAACCGAAGAACUGGUUAGUGUUAAUCCUCAAGUGUGAAUGUUCUUUAUGUUUGGGGGUACAUCUGGGGUAUUAUGUUUUGCUGGGUUUUUUUUUCCAUUCCUAAAGCUUACCAGAUAUGAAUGGCUAAUAUUCCAUUGUUCUGCUUAUUGUAAUGGUGAAUGCUUUAAGAAAAAAAAAAGUGUAAUUUGCUAAGAAUAAUUCAUGAUCUGUUUAUGCGAUAACUCCUUUUUGUUACAAUUUUUUUAAAAAAAGCUAUUUUUGUUAAUGUAAAGUAAAUAUUUCAGAGCAAAUUUUUUAAACUUAUUGCACUAAAUACAGGCUCUGUAAAAAAAAAAAGCCUCAGCAUUUAUUAUUCCAUGGAAGGAGAAUCUUUUGAAAGAAAGCAUUGCCUAUCAGACCUAGACAGUGAAUUAGACCGGUGUUAUGGAAUUGCACACAACGUCCCGAGGGCUCACUAAGCAGCUGUUUGCUAAUGUGCUUCCUUUCAAAGGGUUGGACCUUUAAAUUGCUGCAAAAGGUAAAUUGUAUUUUCUUUUUUAAGUACUGGUGUUCUUUAAUCUAGCUAGGCUAAAUUCUGCUAAAUGCCUUGGUUUCUUUUCAAAGCUCAUGAAUAUUUCUGAACCUUCAGAGUAUUUGCAAUAAGAGUCUGGAUUAAAAUGACAACAAACCACACACACAUACACAGUUAAGAGUUCAUUUCUAAGCAGGAUCCGGGAAACCAGUGUUGAGAGCAUAGCGCUUGUGAAAUAACAAUUUGCCAGAAAUUAACAUCUAACAUCUAGUGUUGCCAAAUAGUGUCGCUGUCUUUUAUAUCAUUUGAAAUGGAAUUUAAUUAUGUAACCUAACAACUGUCCUAGUAGGUGAGAGGGGGGGAAAAAUCAGAGUACCGUGUGGCUCAUAGCCACCCAGAUUUCGGACAUUCAGACACAUUGAGAACUAAAGUUAGAAUGGGCAGAAGCCUGGAAGAUGGGUCUCCCAGCAGAAGACAUUCCAGGAGCUAGCCAUUUUAGGAGGUGUCCCUCCAAAGUGACGUGAUGACGGACUUGAACUUGGGAAUCAGGUUCUGCUCACUUGGACGUCCCUGCAUCAUGGACUCUUGCUGCCCCUGUUCCAUGUGCUCGCAAUUCCAGCUACUGGAAACCACCAGGAAUGCUUUCUAAUUAUCAUUUGCAACUAGAACUGUAAUCAGAAAGAAAAUUUGUAUUUUUGUAUAACUUGAUUGUGUGCCAUUUUAUAUAACAGGUCCUGUUUUACAAAUAAAUUUUGUUUUA